AUCUUCUUCUCUACGAAAUUUCUAUGUGAACGUUGUUUAUAUGUCAUAAUCAGCCAUUUGUAUACAUAGAAACAGAAUAAUUAUAACAUCAUAAGUAACUCCAUUGUUUAUUAAAAAAAGUAGAAGAGAAAAUCAUAAUAUGAUAUUAUAGCAUUUUAAAACUCUUAUUAUUAUUAAAUUUAAGCAAAAUGGGACGACGUUCUAUUAAUACCACUAAAAGUGGUAAAUAUAUGAACCCAACAGAUCAAGCAAGAAAAGAAGCUAGAAAACAAGAAUUAAAGAAAAACAAGAAACAGAGGCAGAUGGUUAGAGCAGCAGUUUUAAAAGGAAAAGACCCCCAGCAAAUAUUAGAAGAAAUGGAAAAAAUUGACCAGAUGGAAUUUAACGUUAAUCAGCCGUCUCCAUUGAAUGAGAAAGUUCUGAAAGAUAAGAGGAAAAAACUUAGAGAUACUUUAGAAAGGGUUCUUAGUAUGUAUUAUAAAGAUGAUCAAGAAAAAUGGUCAGAUUUGAAGAGAAAACAAAAUGAAUAUGAACAAAAGAGGAAUCAAUUAGUAACUUUCUAUGAAUCCGUUAAAAGUGCUCAACAAGUAACUGUAGAUGAGAUUCCUUUACCUCAAUUGCCACAACAACAGCCUGCAAUAGCAAAUAUUCCUGCUCAAAUUCCCCUACCCACAGCAGAAAGGAAACAGGAGCAUACUAUAUAUUCUAUAGCAACAGCCCUCAAGUUACAAGCAUUAGGCCAACCUGUUAGAGAACCACCAGGUUGUCCCCCUGGACCACCCCCUGACAUAAAUGAAGAGGGAGAAGUUGAGGAAUUCGGAGCUAAAUUAACUGAAGAAAUAAAAGAUUCAGACAUAGAAGGUGUUGAAAUAGAUGAACCAUCAACAGUAAAACCAACAUCAUUACAACAAAAAAUGGUUGCCCUUUCUGGUCAAAAUGUUGAUGAUUUUAUGAAAGAAAUGGAAACUGUACAGAAAAAAAUUGAGUUACAAAGAACCGAAGAUAGGACAAAGUUAACAGUGCAUAUUGAACCUUUAGUGCCACCAGGUACAGAAAUACCCGUUAUUCCUUCUCAAGCUCCUACUGCCCCACCACCACAUCUGUUUCCUGGUAAUAUAAGAUUACCUCCUGGUCCACCUCCUGGAAGACCACUAAUGCCUCCAGGACCACCACCAGGUUUACCACCUCGUUUACCAAUUAGGCUGCCACAAGUUGCUCCAAGAAUUAUUAGAUUACCUGGACCUCCACAAAUUAUGCAACCGAAUGUUUUAUCAGCAGCGCCUCAACUCAUUAAUAGAUCCGAUUCCAAUAAACAUGGUGCAACAAUUUCAGCUAAACCACAAAUUAGGAACCUUAGCGCUGACGUCACUAGAUUCGUUCCUUCGGCAUUAAGAGUUAAAAGAGAGGAUAAGAAGCCAUCCAAGAAUCCCAGUAUUCUUGCUAGAGAAAUGAAACAAAAAGAAUUCAAUAUGCACCAGAACGCUUUAGCUGGACAUACAAAAGACGAUGCUUACAAACAAUUUAUGCAAGAGAUGGAGAAUUUAUUGUAAUUAUCUCAUAUUCUGAGAGUGUAUUAUGAAAUAUAUACAUAAAAUUUACUGAUACUUCAUAUAUUUGCAAAAUAGCAACUUUUGUACAGUGAAAAAAUUUGAAUUAGUGGCGAGACACUAUUAAAAAUUAAUUUUUUACAAAAGAAAUCGUAAGUCCUUAUGCAAUAAACAAAUUCUCACAAAGUAUGAAUUAUUCCUCGCUUUUGGUACAUGUGAAUCAAUAAUCAAGAGUUGAUUGUGGAUGUAGGUGUACAGAUCCAUCAACAUAGGGGUUUUAAAUGAUAUAAUUUUACUUACAACACUUUAUUUUACACUAACAGAAGCUUGAUUCCCAGUUAAUACAAAAUAAAGUGUUUAUUUACUCAAUUUCAAAGGGCAUAUUUCAUCCACGCCUAAUUACGCCACUGCUUUUGUCAAAUGCCUAAGAAAGAAUUGACAAUGAUUCAAUAAAUGUGGGGUGUAUUAAUAUAAAUGAAAAUACGACAUUUUUAAAAAAAAUUUAUUGCUGAGCAAAUAUGAAAAACUAUAAAUACGUUUUAUAUAUAUUUGUAAUUGAUUUCAGAAUCGUUUGUGGUAAGUUUAUACAAUUCCGAAAUAAAUAUUUUAAAAAUAUUUAUUUAUACAAGGUGGUCUAGAAUUACAUAUUUUUUUUUUCAAAUUGAAUAAUAAGGGAGGUAUGUUUGGGGGUAUUUUUUUAAAUAACCGACAAAAAGUUUUGUUUUCUGUUGUUUAUUUUUUGGGAUGUUCAUAAGACGUUAGGAUGAUUAAUUUUAUGCCACUGAAAUGUAUCUUCCUGCUAACCAAUGAUAGUUGACCAUAUAAAACUACUUUGUAAAAAACAAUUCGACGAAUGUCAAACUAUUAAAAACCUCGUAUCUGAUGUACAAGCCGCCUUAAAUACUAAAUUAUAUUGUACAUAAAAGCUAUAAAUAAUUAUAUUUAUGGUCGUUAGAGUCACAUCAGUAUAAAAGUAAUUUAUUUGAUACGUUAAGGAACUAGUACCGGUUAUAAUUUUCAAAAAAUUUAUUUUUUUACAUUUUUCGAAUCCUUUCAUAGUGAAAUUCGAAAUAAUGAGAAAAUAAUAGUUCGAGUGCGCACGCGUUUUCAGUGCUCUACAAUCGACAGAUUUUUUAAAUUAUUUGAUUUGUUGUAUUUUACUGUAAUUUACUAAAAAAUUGUAAAGAAAUUUAAAAAAAUUGCCAUGGAACAACUUUUUUUCAACGGCCGCCAUUUUGUUUGUUUUAUUCAAUUUUUUUUAUUCAAAGGAGGUAAAUUACGAUAAAAGCUACCUUCCUCUUUACAAACCUUUUUGAACUUUUUCAUUUAUAUUUACCAAUUCGAGAUUAUCUUUUUUUGUAACACUAUUAUAUAAUAAAGGAAACGAGAGAAAACAAUAUUUAAUUAUGCGUAUUAACCCCUUAAUGGAACUUCAAGUGUCUAAGGGACACUUGGAAUCGCUUAACUAUGACGUUGGUUCCAAGAGGUUGUAUCUCUGUCUGGGUUACAUUCGUGCCAUGUUGCCUAACUCUAAAUAGGAAAUUAUUUGAUGUAAAAUAUAUGUUAAUUUUCGAGUUUGAAUAAUUGAAAAUUUUUCUAAAGAUAAAACACUGAGAAAACAAUGUUUGAAAUAUACCACCCAGUACUAUUUCUACAGUAUGAGGUGGUAAUAUAGAAUUAUUUAUCCAAACGUCUUAUAAACCCUGUAAUCAAUACAGUUCUGAAGAUAUUUGACACAAUAAGGUUCUCAACGCAUCCUUCGAAUGGGUUAUAAAAAAUAGUAUCCUAGUUUAAGUAGUUGAUGUAUUUAAUUCUGGACCAUCUUGUAUGCAUUUUAAAUAUAAGCCACCUUGAAGAAUAUGUAUGAUCUUUCGAUUUGAUUAAUGGUGCGCUUCUAUAACGCCAUAUUUGAAUACAAAAUAAAUAAAAACUAAUACUAGCGACAAUACAUGCAUUUACGACUUUAUUAUAAACAUUAAUAUAAUUUGUUUCAUUGUAUCGAAAUGAAUUUUGAAAGAAAAAAAAAAUUAUUCGUGUGAGCAAAAGGACCUUUUUUUAAUAUUGAAAUGGGGUUUCAAGUUGCCCAUUGGUCUUUAGGCAACAAAUAAUUUUGAGAAAAACUAGUUGGGUUAGUUUAUUUUAAAUAAAAUUAUCAUUACAAUAAACAAAUUUUGUU